UCCUGAUACGCACCAGGACCUACAAUAAAACUCUGAACUGUCCCUACUUCGAAUCAUUUGAUAGAUUGUAACAUUCUGGAUUCACAUUCAUUUCAGAUAUAUUUAUUGAAAAGAUAAAUGGAGGAUAAAGGCGAGGACAGACACGCUGUAAAAUACUACCGAUUGUCGGAAAUCGAGGAACGAAAUUCAUUCAAGAGUACAUGGAUUAUAAUCAACCAUAAAGUCUACGAUGUCACCACAUUUUUGGAGGAGCACCCAGGUGGAGAGGAGGUCUUGAGAGAACAGGCCGGCGGCGAUGCCACAGAGAGCUUUGAAGAUGUCGGACACUCAUCAGAUGCCAGGGAGAUGGCUGCCAACAUGGUCAUUGGAGAACUGCAUCCAGAUGACCGACUGAAGAUUGACAAACCUUCAGAACAACUCAAGGAAACCUCUAGUUGGUGGACAAACUGGUUGAUCCCUGGUUUGGCUGCAGCUGUCGUCACGGUGAUGUACCAAAUGUACACGUCGGAGAAGUAACUGCGCCAUCCGUUCGUCACCUUUGCAAAUCAUAAAUCAAUCAAUAUAACUGGCUUCAGAAUGACAGCUACAGAGCCUGCGUUUGAUCCCUGAGAAACUAUUGCUGCCUUUUUGGGAUUUGUACAGCUCAUAUGCAGUACUACAGUACACAGGAUUAAUUUAAUGUUUUUCAUCCAAUCGCUCGGCAUCAUGUCAAUGAAGGCAUAUAAUUUUGUUAUUGUGUUAACCUUCAUUUUCUUGUCCUGAUUUACAUAUUGAUAAAUACAGUCGUGAAAAAGUAAGUACAUCUCCUGGAUUUUUAUUUUAAUAUAUAUAUUUUUUUAGAUAUUUGGACAGAUGGAUAUGUAAUCUUCACUUUAACACUAUUGACAGAUAAAGGUAACCUAAUUUAACCAAUGACACUGAAUGAUUGCUUUGCAAUCAUUUAUUCAUAAAAAAAUGAACAGAAAUGCAAUUCCAGUGCAGAAAAAAUAAGUACACCCCUAGCUUCAAUAGCUGGUGUUGCCCCCUUUUUGCUGAAAUAACUUAAUUAAUGUAGUCGUUUUUUGUAAAUGUCUAUCUUUACAGUACUGCUUCAACCGUGCCAUGUUCGAGGGCAUUUCGACAGAAUUGAGAUCUGCGCCUCGGCUAUUCCAUAAACUUCCAUUUCUUAUUUUUGAGCCAUUCUGCUGUAGCUUUGCUUGUGUGUUUUGGAUCAUUGUCCUGUUGCAAGAUCCAUGUUCGGUUCAGCUUCAGCUUUUUGACAGAUGUCCUCACAUGCUCCUCAAGAAUUCUCUGGUACAAUAUGGAAUUCAUGGUUGACUCAGGCGCUGGCCAAUUUGCCAUCAUUGAGGCAGCAAAGCUGCACCAAACCAUAAUGCUACUGAAACCCAUGCUUUACGGUUGGUAAGAGGUUCUUCUGUUCAAAGGCAGUGUUUCAUUUUCGCCAAACAUGGUUUCUGGCAUUGCAACUCCACCUUUGACUCAACUUUCCAGAGCACAUUGUUCAAGUAGUUUUGGUCUUGAUUUUCUUUCUUCCUGACCUCCCAUGUAGGCCAAGUGUGUGCACACUCUGACAGUUGACUCAUGCACUUCGACAUUAAUUGUGGCAUGAGAGGCCUGUAGAUCCCUUGAUGUUUCCUUGGGGAUCUUAGACUUCUAUGGUUGGUUAAGACCAAACCAGACCAAGUUUCUAAUCUUUAUGGAAGGCUGGAUCCACCCAAGUUACUCUAUUGAUUUUCUAAUAAUUUCCACCUGUUCCGGUGCACCUGAUUCUUCUAAUUUUAGCAAUUUUAUGUGAUGGUAAAGGAAAUUCGAUUUGUUUAUUUUAAUUGCAUAACAAUUUUAACACUUUGAAAAUGUUAUGUGAUUUGUUAGAUUGGGUUACCUUUAUCAAUGAAUGUAGUUGGAAUUUAGCUCACAUACAGUACCAGUCAAAAGUUUGGACACACCUACUCUUUCUUGGGUUUUUCUUCAUUUUUACUAUUUUCUACAUUGUAGAAUAAUAGUGAAGACAUCAAAACUAUGGAAUCAUGUAGUAACCAAAAAAGUGUUAAACAAAUCAAAAUAUAUUUUAGAUUCUUCAAAGUAGCCACCCUUUGCCUUGAUGACAGCUUUGCACACUUGGCAUUCUCUCAACCAGCUUCACCUGGAAUGAUUUUCUAACAGUCUUGAAGGAGUUCACGCAUGCUGAGCACUUGUUGGCUGAUUUUCCUUCACUCUGCGGUCCAACUCAUCCCAAACCACCUCCAUUUGAGCUGUUCUUGCCAUAAUAUCGACUUGGUCUUUUACCAAAUAAGCUUAACUUCUGUAUACCACCCCUACCAUGUCACAACACAACUGAUUGGCUCAAAUUCAUUAAGAAGGAAAUGCAUUUAAAAAAUGAACUUUUAACAAAGCACACCUGUUAAUUGAAAUGCAUUCUAGGUAACUACCUCAUGAAGCUGGUUGAGAGAAUGCCAAGUGUGCAAAGCUGUCAAGGCAAAUGGUGGCUACUUUGAAGAAUCUCAAAUAUAAAAUAUAUUUUGAUUUGUUUAACACUUUCGGUUACUACAGAAUUCCACAUGUGUUAUUUCAUAGUUUUGAUGUCUUCACUAUUAUUCUACAAUGUAGAAAAUUGUAAAAAUAAAGAAAAACCCUGCAAUGAGUAGGUGUCCAAACUUUUGACUGGUUAUUAAAUGUAUGUAUUUUUUUAAGACCACUUUCCAGGGGGUAUACUUACUUUUUCGCAUGACUGUGUGUAUAUAUAAAUAAAGUACUUAUUUACAUAUUGAGAUUUUAGACAAAUGUAGAUUCAUGUAUUGAGAAUGUAAAAUUGAAAUAGACAGGUAACUGCCAAAAUAAGGUGUUUUAAUAUGGCAUUGGGCUACCAUGAGCCAGAACAGCUGGAGCUCUGAGGGAUGUGACACCGUUCUCCCACAAGAAAUUCCAUAAUUUGGUACUUUGUUAUUUGUGGUGGAAACGCUGUCUCAGGCGCCGCUCCGGAAUCUCCCUUAGGUGUUCAAUUGGGUUGAAAUCUUAGCGGUAUUCUAUGAAGCAAGCUAGAUCUACUCAGUGUUUUCUAAAGCUUACCCGGCUUCAGUUAGCUUCACAUUCCAGCUCAGGCUUCAUCUGUACUAUGACGGUGGGUAUUGCUCCUCUGCUUGCCUCUAACUCUAGCAGGCUUGUAACUGCGUAUGCAUGUCGUACAUGGCUAGUCAAAUGCCAAACUCUUGAGACAAUGCUGAAACAUCAAUCCAUGGGCAAGUUAAAAUGAAAUAAUGCAAUCUUUGCAAGAGGGAUUUAAUUGGUCCUCAACUCACAGCUCAUCUAACCAUUGAGUGACCACUCGUGCCCUGUGGAUGGGGGCAUUGUCAUCCACUGGCCAGCCAAGCAUUUUUAUACAUGUGAUUUGUAUUGCUUAAUUCACCCUGGAACCACAUCUGUGUGGAAGCACCUGCUUUCAAUAUACUUUGUAUUUACUUGAGUGUCCAUUAUUUUGUCAGUUACCUGUAUAUAUGUUUAUGUUGUCAUAUCACUAUUACUCUAACCCUGCGAUUGAAACAGAACAUGGAAGUGUAGGCUUAUAAAAGCAGCCUAUAAUAUCUUAUGUGCUUCACAUCUUACCUUUUGCGUUUAACAUAUGCAAAACUGUGAACCGAAUGGUCCCCAAACCCAGUAUGCAAAACUGUUAACCCAAUGGUCCCACAUUCCUGGUGACAUAGGUCUCAAUGUUCCAUAGAGAAGGUCACAUGCUUGCACUGAUUUUAAGUGACUGCUGGGUAGAGACUCACACUCUGGGAGCCAUUUUAAUCGGGAUAAAGUUAUGACCAGUACAAUGUGUUUUUUAAUGGUAAAAUAUCAUGGUUGUCUCUGCUUUUAAACUGCUAGGGUGUUAGAAGGCAGGGGAACUCACCACUGAAUGUUCUACAGCUGCUCAAAUGUAAUUGUACAUCUUUCAUUUUUGUUUGUUCAAUAAAGUAAUUCCAAAUAAA